UCCAAACUGUUGUUGCUCUUCUCCGUGUUUCCAGAUCCGUCGUCUUCUCUGUGUUAAUCGCCUUUUUCUUCUGCGGCCGCCGCCGCCGCCGCCGCCGUCUUCCAACACAGGGCAGUUCCAUCGUCGUUGAACGUCUUAUUGUUCUACGGUUCGGUUCAAAGUUAAUUGCAAUUUUGGUUAGUGGUAUUGGAUUCGGUAGGGUUGGGAUUAUUUGUAAAUAAUCCAUAAAUUUGAACCGACUGCGUAGAAAUGGCGGAUGCGAACACCGUGGCGGCGGAGCAACCGGCGCCACCGCCCACACAACGGCGGCCGAGAGUGAGGGAGGUCAGUUCUCGCUUCAUGUCUCCUCUAGUCCACUCGAAUUCCACCCCGAUUCCGACCACCAACACCUCCGAUCUCCCCCGUUCGAAGUCGGUUCACCGCCGGUUACUGCCGAAAACCGAUGAAAAUCACGCGCCGGAGACGAAUCGAGCGGCGGACAAAUCCUCUGCGCCGAUCUCCUCCACCGUGCAGAGGAAACACCAUCCGCAGCAGCGAUCGAAGCACCUCGCCGAAUCCAGAGAUCCUCCUCCUAGGGUUUCAUCGAGGCCUGACACGCCAAUUACCACCGGUACGGAUCGAAUCGUGCCGUCUCGGUACAGACAAGCAGUUCCAGGCACUAUUGCCCGCUCUAAUUCUCUCAGCAGUAGCAGCAACGGAUUGACCGCCGUCACGGCGGCGGCGCGGCUGCUGCAGGAAGCCACCGCCGAUGUGGAUAAAUCCACAAAUCUUCCAAGGAUUUUAACAUCCAGCCGAGACGACAUGGAUUGUGGCAGACGUACUUCUUCGAGUAGUCAAGGCACGUCUUCCUGCCCUAAUUCGCCUCUUCUUUCCGCCACCAAGCUGAGGAGCAUCUCCGACGCUCGGUCUUCCAUGCCUGAAGUCGAUAAAUGGCUCGCGGAGAGGAAUUCGAACGGCAGGAGUGAAUUCGCAGCUCGUUCGAUGAAUUUUUCAUCUUCUACGAAAACUGGGGGAGGCAUUGCCCUGCCUCCACAUCCUUCUUCCUUAGUAAGGUCAGGAUUAGAUUCAAAGAAAGGAAGAAAAGCUUCAAACCAACAGGAAGAUUUGCACUCUCUCAAGAUGUUGCAAAAUCAUUAUCUUCUUUGGCGGCAUGCAAAUUCAAAAGCGAAGGCGUCUGCUCGUGCGCAGCGGCAGGAAGCUGAGAGGAAGUUCUAUUCGAUUGGCAGCAAGUUAUCCGAAUUACGCGACAACGUGAAAAGGAAGCGUCGAGAGCUCGAAACAUUGAGUAGAAUCAAAGCUUUGAACAUGAUUGUUGGAGCACAAAUGCCUUGCCUCGAUCAAUGGGCGAAUUUUGAGGAAGAUUACUCAGCUUCGCUAUUAGCCACGACAGACGCAUUGAUUAGCUCCUCAAUCAGACUUCCUGUCAGUGGAGAAGUGAGGGUCGACGUUGGAGAGCUACAGGAGGCAAUGAGUUCGGCGCUAAAGGUAGCUGAAUUAAUCAGCAAUAAUAUUCAGAGAUUCAUAAGCAAAGCUGAAGACAUUGACACGACAGUGUCUGAAUUAGCUAAGACAGCCGGGGGAGAACGAGCUCUAGUCGAAGAGUGUGGAGAUGUACUCUCCAAGACACGUAUGCUACAGGUGAAAGAGUGCAGCCUAAGGGGCACUGUAAUGCAGCUUCAACUUGGCUGUAGUGAUCGACAGUCAACAAUAAAGGCAAAGGAUUGAGAAUGCAAAGAUGAUCGAAGAAGGAUACUAACAAUCAUCAUAAUAAUAGAACAAGAUUUUUUGCUGCCAACACAAAACACUGAUCUGUUCUCCGCCCUCUCGAGAAGCGACGAUAAGGUGGUCUAGAAGAACUCGAUUCUUCUGUGUUAGCUGAUUAAUCCGCAUGCGCUACUGUAUCAGACCUAGGCUGGCUAUUUG